ACUCUCUUGGUAUAUGAAGUGUGUGUGUGCGAGUAAGAAUAUAUAUACUAAUUUGUUUAUGUUUCAAAAAGAAAAACUGAAAAGCCAAACCAGAAAUUAAUAAAAUGGUUACCUUGGGGUGGGGAAGAGGGAGGGAGAGGGAAUGAUGUGAAGGAAAUAGGAAUGGAAGUGAGAUUCCUGUUUAGUUUUGACUUUUGAAUUAUGUAAAUAUUUUACACAUUCAAAAAUUACAAUUAAAUGAAAAUAAAAACAAUCUCUAAAAUUGGGAACAAACUUAAAAAAAUGAACCUAUUGUAUAUCAAAAUAGUUCUUUAAAUACAUGGAGAAAAACACACUCAAGUGACUUUUGAGCUCUAUAUCAAAUGGCAUAUAUGCUAAGGACAAAAAGAACUGCAGAGAAAUCUUAAACCUCAUUCAUUUUAUUGCUAGUUGUAAUGUUGAUGUUUUUAUUCUGAUACCAUUGGAUACAUGUUUAGGUUAAAGCCAAUAAAUAAGAUUGUAUGCUUAUAUGUUAGAAGUCAAUAGAAAUACAAAAUCAAAGGAGCUAGGCAAAAAAGGAUAUUUAUAAUGUUGAACUUGAAUUAUAAAUGUCAGUAUGAAUUCAGGAUUUAAAAUAUGUAUAUUUAUUUUUAAAUUUUUUAAAAUGUUUAUUCAUUUUUGAGAGACACAGAGAGAUAGAGCAUGAAUGGGGGAGGGGCAGAGAGAGAGGGAGACACAGAAUCUGAAGGAGGAUCCAGGCUGUGAGUUGUCAGCACAGAGUCUGACAUGGGCUCGAACUCACCAACCAUGAGAUCAUGACCUGAGCCAGUCAGACGUUUAACUGACUGAGCCACCCAGGCACCCCAAAAUAUCCAUAUUUCUUAAUUCCAUCCAUAUAUAUAUUUCUUUCUUAGAUGUGUCCUCUGAAAGGAUUUUGAAAGUGUGUCACUUUCAUAGAUAAUAAGUACUUGUAUUACCUCAGUUUUGUUCUUUAAAUACUUUAUUGAAGAAAUGACUGGUUCCAGGACUGAGGCAGGAAACGUACAUAGUGAACCUAGGACAAUUUGUGCCAGAAGCAAGAAACCUUUCAAAGACACAAGAAAAGCCUACCUGAAGAGGCUCUUUUUGGCCAAAAUUGAGACAAUUUGAACAUAAAAAAGAAUAAGGAGAAUAAUUUGAAACAAUAUAUAAUAAAAAAAACAAAUGGAGAUGGCUAUUACCUAUUCUUUACUCUGAAGAUUGGUAAUUUAACAAUUGAAUUGUCUUUUUUGGUAGAAAUUUGCAUGGUGCCAAAGUAACACUCCACAGAAUACUAGUUGGUCUCAAAACAAUAAAACUUUACAGUGGAAGGAUCAGGCUUAUUACCAGCUUUGUUAUUAAUCUUGGCAUCACUAACAAUGAGCCAAAAAAUAUGUGCAUCCUGAUGUGAUUCAAUAUCAAAUAGACUGCAUCAACUGAAGUAUUUUUUUAAUGUUUAUUUAUUUAUUUUGAGAGAGAGAGAGAGCAGUGGAGGGGCAGAGAGGGAGAGAGAGGGAGAGAGAGAGAGAGAGAGAGAGAGAGAAUCUCAAGCACAUUCUGCACUGUCCACACAGAGCCUGACAUGGGGCUCGAUCCCACUAAUCAUGAGAUCGUGAACUCAGCUGAAAUCAAGAAUUGGAUGCUUGACCGGCUAAACCACCCAGGCACGCCUGAAGUAAUUUUGUAGAACAUUUAAAAUCUGAAUUUAGUCGGACUUUUCAGACUUUCAGUUUAUAAGUAAUAUGGGAGAUGAAAGAAAUUAAACACCACCUUAGAUGAAGCAAUCAGAAAAAUACAGAAUGUGAGAUAUAGAUGAACUGGCCAUUUAAUGUCAUAGGAGAGGAAAACAAGGGUAGCGGGGGGGGGGGGGGGGCGGGGAGGAGGAAACUGUCCGAGCAUAUAAUUAAUCUAGAGAUAUAACAACCAAAUGCAGUAUGUGCCAGCUGUAAAGUACAUUUUUUUUAGAAAGGAGUAGGAUGAAGCAAGAUGGCCAACUUUUAAUUUAGAAUGUGGGUGAUGGGCAUAUGGGUGUGUGUGUUUGUGUAUAUACACACAUAUAUUCAUUUAUAUGCAUACAUAUACACUUUUCUAUAUUUAAAAGAUUUUAUAAUAAAAACUUAAAAAUAUUUUCCUGUUUAUGGACACUUAGGUUGUUUGUAGUUUCUUUUUCUUCAAUUACAAAUAAUGUUUCUGUAAACGUUCCUAUACAUGCUUCCUUUCCUUGUGUACAUGUUAAGGAGAUAGGGUAACUUUCUAGUAGUGGAAUCCUGGAUCAGGGUAGACGUACCUUCAACUCUGCUAAAUAUUGAUAAUUUGUUCUUCAAAUGGUUGUAUUGAUGAGGUUUUUAGACAAGAGAAUUAUUAAAUGUAUGUCUUCCCUAUUAGGUGAUGAAUUCUUUGAGUAUAGGUACCAUGUAGAGACUCAUAUAGAAAUGUUUGAGUUGAACGAACUUGUAUUUUAGUGGGACUGCCUGGUAGCAGGAUGAGAAAUUAGGAUUAGGUCAGCUAAGAGGGUAUUGUGAUGUUUAAGGUAUGAGGCAGUGAGUGUGUAAGACUGGAGGUAGUAGAGAGGAAGGGAUGAAUAUUAGAAAUCUUGGAGAGAAAGGAUUGAAGUAUAUGUGCUUUUAUUGUCAGGUAGGAUAUUGAUGAUUCACUGUUGUGACUUCUAAUACCCAGUAGUUUGUUGGCUUCACUUUAUACUAAACAGAAAACCUAGAACUGACCUUGGACUGUUUUGACACAAAUCUGUCAAUUUGAGUUGCUGCCAAUAAAAAGAAUAUUCAAGCGAGUUCUAAUCUCAUUCAUUUGUAAGGAUUUUAGUUACAACAAGGCUGACAGGAAUUCAGCGAGCAUUUUAUUGAUUGUGGUAUUUCUUAGAAUUUGUGACACUGUCAGCCUUGUUUGCAUUUUUAAAGUCAAACGUUAUGACUCUUGGUUAUCUGAGGUAUUUCUGGAGUUUCUACUGUGUGCUAAAUGUUUAUUCAAUGAAUGUUUUUGAGCAUUUACCAUACUAUAGGCACAGUGACAACUUGUAGCCAAGUAAACAGGCACAUUUAGUGUGGUCUGAUAAAUGCUAUGAUAGAAACUUCAUAUGCUAGGAGAAAACAAAGAAGGACACUUCAGUUAAUUUUGGGGCAUCAGGAACGGCUUCUCUGAGGAGAUAAGCUGAACUCUGAAGGACAGGUAGGAAUAAAUAUGGCAAUAGUGGGUGUGGAGAAGAGAAGAUUCUUCCUGGCAGAGGGAAUAUUUUUUAUAGAUAUCCAACAGUGAGAAAAAGAACCAAGUACAACAUUUUUCCAGUAAUUCAGAAUUCAGUGUGAGAGGUAGUGAGUAGUGUAUAUGGGAUGGUGGCAACAGAUCCCAAAUGUGAAAGGCCUGGACUCUUAUGGCAGAGUUUGACAUUUUUGUUGUUGUUGUUGAGAGAGAGAGCACACGUGUGCGCACACAAGCUGGGGAGGUGCAGAGAGAAUCUCAAGCAGGCUCUGAGCUGUCGGCACAGAGCCUAAUGUGGACCUCGAUCUCACGAAUCAUGAGAUCAUGACCGGAGCCAAAACCGAGUCCAAUGCUUCCGACUGAACCACCUAGGUGCCCCAGAGAGUUUGACUUUAACUGAGUUAACUGAGGAAGAACGUGAUUUCAUUUAAGGAUGACUAAGAAGUUUGGUAUUAGAAUGGAGAAUAAAUUAGAGGAAGACAAGACUGAGGCAUAGACACUAAUUUAGAGGUGUCCUAGGAAAGAAAGGAUGGAGAUGAGCAAAGAUUGAGGCAGAGAGACAAGACUGUCAACAUAUAUUUAUUGAAGGCCUACUUUCUAGCAUUGGAAAGAGGUAGAAGAAUUUAAGAGACAUUUAGGAGGUAAAAGUGACAGGUCUUAAUGAUUGAUUGGAAUUGAAAUGGGUAGAAGAAAGGGGUCAAGGACGAUUCCAAAGUUUCUGAUCUACAAAACAAGCCACUACUUGGACAGAUUGACUUUUUUUUUUUUUUAAUUUUUUAAUGUUUUAUUUACUUUUGAGAGAGAGGGGGGGAGAGAGAGAAUGAGCGGGGGAGGGGCAGGGAGAGAAGGAGAAUCCAUGAAGCAGGCUCCAGGCUCUGAGCUGUCAGCACAGAGCCCAACAUGGGGCUCAAACCUGUGAACCACAAGAUCGUGACCGGGGCCGAAGUCAGAUACUUAACUGACUGAGCCACCUGGGCACCUCAGCUUGAUUUUUAAAGUACCUUGGAAUCUACAGGUGGAGGCAUCUAUCCAGUUGAACAUUUGAGUCUAGUGCUUGGACAGAGUCUAGGACUGAAGAUAGAUUUGGAAGUCAUCAGGUAAUCUUGGCUAAGAAAGAUAAACUUUCUAGAGGAGAGAAUGUAGAGAAUGAAAAAGAGGGCUGAAAAAUGACACACUGAGAAACUGCCAAUAUUUAAGGGGAAGAGAAAAGGGAUCCAGUUGAAAGACACAUAAGCUACCAUCCUUGCCUCUAAGCAUUUUAUAAUUUAAGUGAGACACAUAAACAUGAAUCAUUUGGUGACCAGUGCAAGUCAGAGUCUAAUUUGAUGCCAACUUUUAUUGUACCACCUCUUGUAUUUUAUGUGAAAUGAAGUUAAGUGUAUAAAGGAAGUGGUUAGUAUUUAGGCCAGGGAGUAGCAUUGGUAGUGCAUGCAUUCAGUGGGGACAUCUAGCCUGUGGUCACUAGAAGGACUCAGAUGAUGGCAUAUUGCAUAGUAUGUGUAUUGCCUGUGUUGUGAAUGUGGACUCUGGAGCCAUUCAGCCUUGGUUAUUCUCCACUAGCAGUAUGACCUUGGGCAUGUAACUUUCUAUGACUCAGUUUUCUCAGCAAUACAAUGAUGAUGAUGACAAUUCUGACUUGAAGGUAUUGUGAAAUUGAAUGAGUUAGUGUGUGUAAAUUCUUAGACUGUGUCUGGCACAAUCUCUCUUGUUUUCUCUCUCUAUAUGUACAUACACAUACAUGGAUGGCUGUGUUAUACUUUACUAUGUUACACCCACUAUAUGUGUAUAUGUAGUAUUAUAUACAUGUUAGGAAUUAUCAUCAUUUAAUAAAUGGCAUGUCUGAUGAGGGCUCAUGAUUUGGACAGGAUAGGUAGGCACCAGAGAAGAAAUGUUCCCUCUAUGAAACUUAAUGUGAACAUACAUGGUUUUUAAACAGGAUUUCACUGGUAAAGUGGGUGAAAAAACGGUAUGAGAAUCCCCUUUCCUUCUGAUUCCCAGUUGGAAGCAAAGAAUGCCCUUUUAAUAGCAGGCUUUAAAGAUGUUAAAGCCUUUGUGUGUUAUGUUAUCCCUGUGUGGUAGUGGGAUUUCCUCAGGUCAUAUUUUCUCAAGAAAAGUUAUUCUGGAAGGAAGUUUUUCAUCAGCUUUGUGAGUAUGAGUUCACUGGAUCCUUGGCUUUAACUUUGGGAAAAUCUACAUCUGGAAUCAAAGUUCUGGCUUUGGGGAUUGGGAACCUUGUGGAGCAGCAGUCAUUAUUUUAUACUGAUAGUGGGAGUGUAAAUUGGUAUAAUCUUUUGGUGAUAAUUUGGUAGUGUCUAUCACAAUUAAAAUGUGAAUGUAGGGGCACAUGGGUGGCUCAGUUGGUUACGCAUCCGAUUUCAGCUCAGGUCAUGAUCUCACAUUUCGUGAGUUUGAGCCCCGUGUGGGGCUCUGUGCUAACAGCUUGGGGCCUGGAGCCUGCUUUGGGUUCUGUGUCUCCCUUUCUCUCUGCCCCUUCCCCACUCAUGCUCUGUCUCUCUGUCUGUCUCUCUCUCAAAAAUAAAGAUUACAAUAAUUUUUUAAUGUGAUGUUAAAAAUGUAGCAAUUAUACUUCUUUUGUAAAAAAUUUUUUAAGGAUUAUUUUUUUAUUUUAGAGAGAGAGAGAGAGCAUGAGUGGGGGAGAGGGGCAGAGGGAGAGAAAGAGAAAGAGCGAGAAUCCCAAGCAGGCUCCAUGCUCUGCACUCAGCAAGGUGCCUGAUGUGGGGCCCAAUCCUGUAACUGUGAGAUCUUGACCUGAGCUGAAACCGAGAGUUGGACACUCAACCAACUGAGCCACCCACGCGGCCCUAGCAAAAUUAUGCUUUCUAGAGUAGUUUUCAUAAAAGUGCUAACCCAAGUGUAUGGGUUUGUUACAGCACUAUUUGUAAAGAUGAAAAAUGAAAAUUGAUUGAAUAAUUAAUGUAUUCAUAUUCCGUAUAUUUGUUUCUUAUUUCUGUACUGUAAUAGUUUCCUAUUUCCUGUAACAAAUUACCAUAAACUUAGUGCCUUAAAAUGACACAAAUUUAUUAUUUUACAGUUAUGGAGGUCUGAAGACUCAGAAUUAAGAUUUUAGCAGGGUUGUGUUCCUUCUGGAGGCUCCAGGGGAGAAUCUGUUUUCUUUCCUUUUCUAGUUUUUAAAGACUGCCUGCAUUUCUUGGCUGGUGCAGCACCCCCCUCCCACCAUCUUCAAGGCUAGCAGCUAUAGCAGCUUCAAAUCUCUGUCUCUCUUCUCUCUGUUCUCUGCAACCUUCUCUUUGAUCCUGACCCUCCAACCUUCCUCGUAUAAGGACUCUUCUGAUUGCAUUAGGCCCAUCUAGAUAAUCCAGGAUCUUCCUAUAUCAAGAUCUUUAUUGACAUUUUGACAAUAUUUAUUCUUCCAAUCCAUGAGCAGGGAAUGUCUUUCCAUUUCUUUAUAUCUUCUUCAAUUACCUUCAUAAGCUUUCUAUAGUUUUCAGCAUACAGAUCUUUUACAUCUUUGGUUAGAUUUAUUCCUAGGUAUUUUAUGCUUCUUGGUGCAAUUGUGAAUGGGAUCAGUUUCUUUAUUUGUCUUUCUGUUGCUUCAUUGUUAGUGUAUAAGAAUGCAACUGAUUUCUGUACAUUGAUUUUGUAUUCUGCAACUUUGCUGAAUUCAUGUAUCAGUUCUAGCAGACUUUUGGUGCAGUCUAUCGGAUUUUCCAUGUAUAAUAUCAUGUCAUCUGCAAAAAGCGAAAGCUUGACUUCAUCUUUGCCAAUUUUGAUGCCUUUGAUUUCCUUUUGUUGUCUGAUUGCUGAUGCUAGAACUUCCAACACUAUGUUAAACAACAGCAAAGCUAUCUACACAUUCAAUGCAAUCCCAAUUAAAAUUGCACUAGCAUUCUUCUCGAAACUAGAACAAGCAAUCCUAAAAUUCAUAUGGAACCACAAAAGACCCCGAAUAGCCAAAGUAAUUUUGAAGAAGAAGACCAAAGCAGGAGGCAUCACAAUCCCAGACUUUAGCCUCUACUACAAAGCUGUUAUCAUCAAGACAGCAUGGUAUUGGCACAAAAACAGACACAUAGACCAAUGGAAUAGAAUAGAAACCCCAGAACUAGACCCACAAACGUAUGGCCAACUAAUCUUUGACAAAGCAGGAAAGAACAUCCAAUGGAAAAAAGACAAUCUCUUUAACAAAUGGUGCUGGGAGAACUGGACAGCAACAUGCAGAAGGUUGAAACUAGACCACUUUCUCACACCAUUCACAAAAAUAAAUUCAAAAUGGAUAAAGGACCUGAAUGUGAGACAGGAAACCAUCAAAACCCUAGAGGAGAAAGCAGGAAAAGACCUCUCUGACCUCAGCCAUAGCAAUCUCUUACUCGGCACAUCCCCAAAGGCAAGGGAAUUAAAAGCAAAAAUGAAUUACUGGGACCUUAUGAAUACAAAAAGCUUCUGCACAGCAAAGGAAACAACCAACAAAACUAAAAGGCAACCAACGGAAUGGGAAAAGAUAUUUGCAAAUGACAUAUCGGACAAAGGGCUAGUAUCCAAAAUCUAUACAGAGCUCACCAAACUCCACACCUGAAAAACAAAUAACCCAGUGAAGAAAUGGGCAGAAAACAUGAAUAGACCCUUCUCUAAAGAAGACAUCCGGAUGGCCAACAGGCACAUGAAAAGAUGUUCAACGUCGCUCCUUAUCAGGGAAAUACAAAUCAAAACCACACUCAGAUAUCACCUCACGCCAGUCAGAGUGGCCAAAAUGAACAAAUCAGGAGACUAUAGGUGCUGGAGAGGAUGUGGAGAAAGGGGAACCCUCUUGCACUGUUGGUGGGAAUGCAAAUUGGUGCAGCCGCUCUGGAAAGCAGUGUGGAGGUUCCUCAGAAAAUUAAAAAUAGACCUACCCUAUGACCCAGCAAUAGCACUGCUAGGAAUUUAUCCAAGGGAUACAGGAGUACUGAUGCAUAGAGGCACUUGUACCCCAAUGUUUAUAGCAGCACUCUCAACAAUAGCCAAAUUAUGGAAAGAGCCUAAAUGUCCAUCAACUGAUGAAUGGAUAAAGAAAUUGUGGUUUAUAUACACAAUGGAAUACUACGUGGCAAUGAGAAAGAAUGAAAUAUGGCCUUUUGUAGCAACGUGGAUGGAACUGGAAAGUGUUAUGCUAAGUGAAAUAAGGCAUACAGAGAAACACAGAUACCAUAUGGUUUCACUCUUAUGUGGAUCUUGAGAAACUUAACAGAAACCCAUGGGGGAGGGGAAGGAAAAAAAAAAAAAAGAGGUUAGAGUGGGAGAGAGCCAAAGCAUAAGAGACUGUUAAAAACUGAGAACAAACUGAGGGUUGAUGGGGGGUGGGAGGGAGGGGAGGGUGGGUGAUGGGUAUUGAGGAGGGCACCUUUUGGGAUGAGCACUGGGUGUUGUAUGGAAACCAAUUUGACAAUAAAUUUCAUAUAUUGAAAAUAAAUAAAUGUCUGGCCAACUCUAAAAAAAAAAAAAAAUCUUUAAUCAUACCCGGAAAGUUUUUUGCCAUGUAAGCUAACAGCUAACAUUCACAGAUUCUGGGAAUUAAGAUCUAGACAUCUUUGUGGGGAGCAUUAUUCAGCCUACCACACUUCGUAAAACUGUGCAGCCAGUAAAAAGAAUGUUUUUAUCUGUGUGCACUUAGAUGUCACUGAUAAAACAAGAGGAUCCCUGUUAAGUGGAAAGAAGCAAGUUGCAAAACCAUAUAGUAUGAUCCCUUUUUAUGUUUUUUGUUUGUUUAAAAAGAAGUCUUGUGCCUGUGUGUGUUCCUGUAGGCAUAGAAAAGAUCUGGAAGGCUACACACUAAACAUUUAAAUUGUUGUAACUUCUGGGGAAUAAGACCACAGGGAAGUGUGGGGAUGACUUUGAAUUUGAAUGUUAGAUUUUUAAUAUACAGUGAAAAUGUAUUUAUUACAAUUUUAUUUUUAUGAAAGUAUACAUGUACAUAGUUGAAAAAGUAAAAAAUACAAGGUUUUAUAGUGAAAACAAAAAACCACACACUAACAGAAAACAAUAACCCUGAGUCCCUUGUGUUAUUCCUUCUCACCCCAGAACCCUCUUUCCCAGAGGUAUCCAUUGUUUCUUUUCGCUUUUUCCCCCUAGUAUUUCCCUCCAUAUUUCUAAAUAACAAGCUUAUGCUAUUAAUUGAUUUUUCUGUUUUAGGUAUCUUUGACUUCCUACUUAUGAAGAUGAAGCUUUGGCUAUCUUAAACCAAACCACCUCUAAGCAUAUUUUUCCUCACUCUUCAUCUUCUUAAUAGAAGUGCACCAAAAAUUUUCCUGGAUUAGUGUUCAAUGGUUAUUAUAAUCCUGGAACUACCAUUUUUUACUAACCCAUGCCAUAUUGGGAUUACAUUUUCUUUCUUCUAUAGGUUUUUGUUUUCUUCCCUCUGAAAAACAAAUUGUGUAGUUUUUUCUUUUGCCUUACUUUUCUUGUAUCCGUCAUUAACCCAUCUCAAAUUCCCCACAGGAAAUCUCAUUCUUUUCCUGGCAGUCUUACUAGCUUAUCUUUUCCUUGAAGACCUUCUUCUGGAACCUCUGUCCUCUGGCUCCAGUCUGGAUUUACUUUCCAGGUCUCUGGUCCAGCACAUCUUGGGGUCUCCUUUACCAUUAUCUUGAGGAUCCUCUUCACCCUAUUUAUGUUAGAUCCCUUAUUUCCUUGAUUCUUGUUUCUGGUUUACUCCUGGUCUUGGAGGACUACGUCUUCUAGUGGCUUUCUGAAAUAAGGGUCUGUGGGAGAUGAUUUUUCUUUAGACAUUUUAUGUUUGAAAGUGUCAUUUUAUUUUUAAGUUAAAAAAAAAGUAAAAAAAAAAAACUAUACAAAACGGGAAAGGGAGAAAAAUCCAAAUAUACCAGAGUUCAUAUGAUUAUUUUUCUUCACAGGAAUUGCACAGAGAAAGGGCACGUUCUUUUAUAUCCCAGCAGAUUCCCAGUGUUCUCUAAUUUAGAACGCAAGAGUUAAGAAAUACGGGUCUUCUCUUUAGACUAAAACUAGUGCUCUUUGGUAAAUCCUUUAACUUUUUGUUUGUCUCCUUUGCAAAAUGGAGACCAUGACUAUUGUGGUAAGGCUAUUUAGUUACCUGAGACAAUGUAGAUAAAGAUUUAGCAAGAUGCCAGGUGCUACUUUUAUUAUCAGUAUUAUUUUCUUAUGAGACUGUAGGGAACUAAAUUCUCAUGCCCAACGAUAUUUUCCUACAUAUAGUUAUACACAUGACUGUAAUUACUUAAUUUUACUUAGAGUCACAUUUUACAUGCUUUAACUGUUGCAUAUUAUUUAUAAGUAAUAGUCUUAAAUGACUAUAGUACUGUGUUAAAAGGUGUCUUUAUUUUUUAGACAUACAUACUGAAAUAUUACAGAUAAAAUGGUAUGAUGUCUGACAUUUGCUCCAAAAUAAUAUGUGUGCGUGGGAAAUAGGCUGGCCAUAAAUUGAUAAUAUUGAAGCUAGUUGAUGGCUAUUCAUUUUACUAUUGUGUCUAUUCUUGUAUUUGCUCAAAAUUUCCCAUAAUAAAAAGUAAAAAAAAUAAACGCUUGCAAUAUUCCAUUAUGAUCUAUCUUAAUUUCUUUAACUAUUGAUUGUAGUAAGGCAUUCCAGUUUUUAUCUAUUUUAAAUAACAUUACUAUUAAUAUAUUUAUGUUUCAGAUAGUUUCCUUGUGUUAGGUUCAUGAGUGGGAUUAUUUGGUCAAAGAGUAUGAUCAUUUUCAUACACAGUACUAAAUUGCUUGGAUGAAAAACUUUAGAAAAAUUUUAUUGGAUUUAUAAUUGUUUUCAUUGGGCAUAGGUGUGAUAUUGUAAAUUUACUCUGAAGUUUUUAAUUAGGCAGUCAAGGUUUAUUAUUUAGUAUAUUGUGAUGGGAUUAUAUUUUCUAAGUGCUUUCAUAUUCUUUUUUAAUGCUAGUAACAGUUCACAUGGAGCUAGUACUUUACAGUUUCAUAGAGUUUUCGCAUCCAGUAGAUGUUUUAAUCCUCAAAAUAUCUCUAUAAGCUAUGAAUUACAGAAAUUUAAAACAAAAUAGACUUUAAGCUUUAACAAUGGAGAGUUAGUAAUUCUUAUUACCACUAGAUGGCUCUCUCAGCAUGUAGUUUUGAGGAAAAAGUAACUAGUUUGUAGACAUUUUGAAGUUCUUUUAUAGAUCUUAUUAAAAUUCAAAUUAUUAAAGUUAAAAAAAAUAAUGGUUUGUAUUAUAUUGUGAUCAACUUUUUCAGAAGUAGUAAAAAAAAACUAAGGAUGGAAUUUAUUGCAGUGGGUUUUUAGAUUACGUUUCUUUUUGAGAGGAAAGGGGUAUUAACCUGGAUGGCAUUCAGGACCAUACAUACAGUGUAUUUUCAGUAAGUAUAUUUAACAUUAAUUAAAAUUUACUGAAUUGAAUUAUGCUUCUUUAUUUGCUUGGGGGAAAGUUGUUUGCCAUACCAAAAAAGCAACAUUUGUUGCUAGGUCCUUAAAUGAUUUUAUGUAAAUUUAACACUCUAUCUGUGGGGACUUAAUAGAUAAAUAAUGAACAAAGUAAAUUGAGGGGGCUCUCUGGAGCUAUGGCCCCUCAGUCAGUUUGUUGUCUUAAUGUAUUUGAGAUCCUCUGAAGGUUAGAAUUACUCUGUGAUGUGUGUGGUUCCCCUCAGGUGAGAAUCAGAAAUGAAAUUGCUACAUUUUGGUAUUGUCAUUGUUUUAAGUUUUACUAAUUGUCUACAAAAAAAUUAAGAGUGCCUUUGAGUUUGGUCUUACUUGAUCUCCUAUGUAUUUUCUUCCAAUUAUUUUCCAAUCUUAUUUAGAUCCAUUGCUGUCUUUCUAUAAAAAAAUGUUUUGUAUUGUCCCUUUUGCUAACUUGAAGUGAAAAUUAUGGUUAAUAUUACAUAUCUACAUAAUUUCAAAAGGUCAUUAUAAUACCUUAUUAUAAUGAAGAAAUGGGGGGAAAGCAAUUUAUAAUAAAAUUUAUAUUUCAGUAUGUAAAUACUCAGGCAGACUACUCUAGAUGAGACAAGAAGUUGUCAAAUGCUUGCCCCAUAGAGUCAUUUGUAGAGUCACUAUGAAUGAUAGCUGUGAAAGCUGAUUGAUAGUGUUUUAUAUUGGUGAUUCCAGAUAACCAAGUGGCAUUGACAUGGGUGAUGUGAUUUUCCAAAAUAGUGAACAAUUAUUAGUAAAGUUCUGAACAAAACAGAUUUAUUGUAUGGUUGCCUUCUGAGAAAUUUGGGAUACAUUAACAACCAUGGAAAAAUACAUUUUGUUUACAUAUUAAGUUCUAGUCUUAGAUGUAUUCAUUGGAGCCUUUGGAAGCCACCCAGAACAUGUGACAAUUCUUUGCCAUACUGAAUUGUUUCCUGCAUUGCUAGACUUCUAAUAUCCCUGACACUUGCCCAUUAAAUGGUAGUAGAGCUUUCACCUUACUGUGUCCUGCAUCAGUCCCUAAAAUGCCUUCACAUAUAUCCAAAGGGCCCUCUAGGUGGCAGUGCUGCUACCAUUUUGAGACCUAAUGGUUUUAGAGUAUCCAGCUACAUAUAUCUAUUAUAUGGCUAUGUUGCUCAUGGAAUUUUAUUUUAUUUUAUUAAAAAAUUUUUAACGUUUCUUUAUUUCUGAAAGAGAGAAAGAGAGAGAGAAUGCGAGUGGGGGAGAGCAGCAGAGCAAGGGAGACACAGAAUCUGAAGCAGGCUCCAGGCAUCGAGAUGUUAGCACAGAGCCAGAUGUGAGGCUUGAACUUACGAACUGUGAGAUCAUGACCUGAACCAAAGUCGGGGGCUUAACCAAUUGAGACACCCAGGUGCCCCAGUCGUGGGAUCUUAAAACUACAAUAACUUAAGUAUCCUGAGUCCUUAAAUAUGUCAUGUUUUGAAUAACUAAGACAACUACAGAAUUAUUAAUUAUGGGAGAAGUUGAUUCAUUCAAACGCAUCACUGUUUCAUUGUAAUUCUUGUAAGCAGAUCAGUAAGUUUACUACUUUAAGUACCCAAUACCAGCAUUUUUAUUUUUUCCACUUUUCCUGUUUAGUAAGUCAGUAGUAUAUAACUUUCUUUAAUGUCAGCAUUUAGUUAGUUGAUAGUCAUACAAUGUAAUUUGUCCCUUAAAGAAAUCUUUUUAUUUUUUUUAAUGUUUAUUUAUUUUGAGAGAGAGAACACCAUGCAUGUGUGAGUAGAGGAGGAGGAGGAAAGAGGGAGGGAGGGAGAGAGAGAGAGAAAGAAAGAGAGAGAGAAUCCCAGGCAGGUUCUGUGCUGUCAGUGCAGAGCCUGAUGCUGGGCUGGAUCUCAUGAACCCAUGAGAUCAUGACCUGAGCCAAAAUCAAGAGUCUGAUGCUCAACUGACUGAGUCACUGAGGCACCACAAAAAACCCACUUUUGACUUAGGAAGAUAAUAUAGUAACAUUAUAGAAACUUUGUAAAAUGAAAGCAAAAUUUCCCGUAAGCUUAUCACUGACAUAUUUUCCCGUGUUUUGUUCUCUGUGUGUAUAUUUUGACAUUCAAAAAUUAGUUUUGUAUCUUUUAACUUAAUGUGGCAUAACUUUUUAAUGUUAUUAUGUAACUUCCAACUAUAUUUUAAGCUACUGCAUAUUCUCAGAUUCCACAAUUUUCCUACUUUGUUCACAUGAUAAAAAUGUAAUAAUAUGUAUGUAGAUCUAUUUGUAUGUAUGUGUAUUGAUAGAUCUGUUUCAGUAUAUUAUUUUUUCUCAGAAGUAGGAUCAUUUAUUAAGUCAUUAAACUUGAACAUUUUGGUAACUUUUAUGUAUUGCCAAAUUGACAUUAUAAAAAAGCUGAUCCAGGAGCACCUGGGUGGCUAGGUCAAUUAAAUGUCUGACUUUGGCUCAGGUCAUGAUCUCGCAGUUCAAGAGUUCAAGCCCCACAUUGGGCUCUGUGCUGACAGCUCAGAGCCUGGAGCCUGCUUUGGAUUGUGUGUCUCCUUCUCUCUCUGCCCCUCCCCCUCUUGCGCUCUGUCUCUGUCUCUCAAAAAUAAAUAAACAUUAAAAAAAAUUUUAAAUCUGACCCCUUUAUACUGCUAUCAACAUGUAUGUCACUAUAUAUGGAAGUGUGAGUCUCAACUCAUUCUUGACUGCAUCAGAAAUUACUUUUAUUUACAUUUAUUUGACUUAUGACACUGAACAUUUUUUAUGCUUAUGAAUUAUUUGUUUUCUCUUUUGGAAAAUAUAUGGUCAUGUCCUUUGAUUGUUGUUGGGUUCAUGGUGUUUUUUUUUCCCCUUUUCAUUUUGAAUCAGACCAAAAUUUUGCAUAAUUAAAACAUUGAUGUUUCUUACAUUCAUUUUUAUGGCAAACUUUCCUUUGCUGUCUUUUAUUUUAUUUUAUUUUAUUUUAUUUUAUUUUAUUUUAUUUUAUUUUAUUUUAUUUAUUUU